AUGAUGGCAACGAUAACAUCAAACCUAUUAUCAUCAUUACAAUCAUUUAAACAUACUUCAAAUGCAGCCAUUCCAACUAUAAUAGAUUUACCAUCAAACAAGUUUAAACGACGAAUUCGACUGCAUCAUUAUUCCCUAAGUUAUUAUGUUGUUGUGUAUUUGACGAUAAUUUCAUUGUUCAAUGUUUUUACGAAGCGCAACGGUGUGGAGUGCCACAGCGUCGAAGGUUCAUGUCCUCAAGUUUGUACAUGUAAAUGGAAGGGCGGCAAACAAACUGUCGAAUGUUUAGAUCGUCAACUCAUCAAUAUUCCUAAAGGCAUAGAUUCAUCGACACAAGUACUUGAUAUGUCGGGAUCUAACUUGCAGAUCUUACCCGGAGAGACAUUCCGACGUGCCGAACUGUUGAAUCUACAAAAACUUUAUUUAAGAAACUGCCGACUUGGGCUAAUCGAAUUGGAUUUAUCGCACAAUUUAUUGACGUCAGUGCCGGCGGCAACAUUCCAAUACAUUACAUCGCUUCGCGAUCUCACGCUAGCUAGUAAUCCGAUACAGAAAAUUGAAAGUCAUGCGUUUAGCAACAUAUUAAGUCUGACGAAAUUGGAUGUGUCGCAUUGUGAUUUGCAAAGCAUUUCAGCAUCGGCAUUCGAAAAUCUUGAUUCGCUUCACUCGCUUAAGCUCAAUGGAAAUAAAUUGUCGGAGUUGCGAGGACGAACAGUGGAAACGUUAAGUAAACUUCAUUGGGUUGAACUUCACGAUAAUCCCUGGUUAUGUGACUGUCGUAUGAGAGCGACAAAGCUUUGGCUGACUGAAAAUAAUAUUCCUUACCCGGUUGCUCCGAUAUGUUCAGGUGGGCCCGAGCGUGUCAUCGACAAAGCAUUUUCUGAGCUUCAUGUCGAUGAUUUUGCAUGCAAGCCAGAAAUGUUGCCAGCACGUCGGCAUGUUGAAGCUGUUAGCGGCGAUAAUGCGACGAUUAUUUGUCGAACCGGGGCAAUUCCAUCAGCGACAAUAACAUGGUAUUGGAAUGGAAGACUGCUUAUCAACAACACUGCGUUUAGUUCUUAUCAGAAAGUUCACAUCUAUGAAGAUGGUAGCUUUGAAAAGCGUAGUCGUUUGGUGCUAACAAAUGCUCAAGAGACAGACUCAAGUGAGUUUUAUUGUGUUGCCGAAAAUAAGGCUGGAAAUGCUGAAGCAAAUUUCACUUUACAUGUUUCAAUGAGAUCUGUUGCAAUUGCUUUUGGCAAUGGACAAAUUGCUGGACUUAGUGCCGCCCUUAUCAUCCUCAUCGUUUUUAUUCUUCUCAUCAUAUUCUUCCUGCUUGUUCGGUUACGAAGAUUGCCGCAGGUUGAAACGAAAACACCAAAUCAAGUAGAAGUGAUAACAUCUGUAAGUCCAUCAAAUAACCACAAUGGAAAGGUAUGUUCAUCACCAACUAAUGCUGUUAAUUCUGUAGAUCGAAAAGACACCGGUGAUAUGAAGCAAACCAAUCCGGUGCAAAAACCACCACGUUUAACUGACAUCACAUAUUCAACGAGUCACUAUGAUGGUAAUGGAAGCGUUGUAAAUGUUGCUCAAGGCUUUGGUUCACCGACCGCUGGCAAUAAUCCCGAUUUGAUUAACGAUACGAAACGACAAGAGAGCGGUCCCGAUAUGUCGACAAUUGGUAUUGACGGUAGUGCGGUAUUGCCAUUAGCAACGUCAGGCAAUUUAAGCUGUGCAACUAAUAAUUUACUUGCGUCACUUAGCGGGGUUGAUGGUAUUGAUCGUCCUGGAAGCGGUGAAUAUAGUCGAGCCGGUUGCGAUUCAUUAUAUCCAUCGGGGUUGUGGGAGACAACAAAUUUAAAUACAAAUCUUUUACUCGAACAAGCAAAUGAAUUGUAUAUGAAUAGAUCGACAAGCUCUACGGGAUCGACGGUCAACAAUUUCAAUAAUUAUUCCGAUAAAAUGCCAAUUAUUGAAAGUGGCAAACCAUCGAAUACGAAAAUAAAUUUGGAUGAUGAAACGUCAUCGUCUGACUUUAUGAAUCGAACAUUUUCAAGAGCCACAAUCAACGCUCAACAUAACAUCAACAACAAUGUUCAAAAUAUUGAAAACGACCUGAAUAAUUCGAUGGCUUCAGGCUAUCCAUCGGACUAUGGAUUGCCAAUUGUUCCCGGUGCAGAACAGCAGCAACAUCAUUAUAGUAAAUUCAAUGCAAUUGGGUCGUCGAAUAAUCCAUCAACGAUUGCUAAUGGUGGAAUUCCAAUGAAUGCGAAAACAUUGAGAGUUUGGCAAAAGGGCGGUGUACCGGUUCUACCCCCAGUGACAGCCUUAAAACGUGCAUUAACCAACAGUAGAAACUCACCUGACGAGGGUUAUCAAGAAGGAUGCGGGACUGAUGUGUAG